UAUAAUUACCUCAGAUUGCUUUGCCUUGCUUAUCAUUUUUAAUCUAUUUUCGUUUUUCCUGCAAAUCUUGCUUCAAAAUUUAUAGUUUUCUUAAAAAUGUCUAAGGGCACAGGACCAUUGUCUAAGCUGUACAAUAUUAUCAUCGGUACUGUUGAUAAAUUUGUUCCAACCGCAGUUCAACCACUUUGGCAAUCUCCAGCAGGACCCCGCACUGUGUUUUUUUGGGCUCCAUUUUUUAAAUGGACAUUAGUGCUGGCUGGACUGAGCGAUACGCUAAAUCGCCCUGCUGCCAAUAUAUCGCUAAAUCAGUGCGCCACUUUGGCGCUCACGGGCUUGAUUUGGGCUCGGUAUUCAGUGGUUAUAACACCAAGGAACUACAAUCUUGUGGCCGUCAACAUGGCCGUCUUUGUCAUACAAGGUUAUCUAGUGGCCAAGCACCUGAGAUGGCGCAGCGAGAAUUCUCGGAAUGCGGUGUUCAAUCAUUCGAACUACCCAAUCAAAUCGGAGGAUGAUUGGUAGUAAGAAAACAAUUUAUUGAAAGUUGCUUGAAAGUUGGAAGUAACCCAAAUGCAAAGUGUCUGGGAACAUUUUACUUUAAUUCUUGAGAGCCAAUGUAGUUAAUUAAAUAAGAAAAGGCCAUUUAAGUUUCAAUAAAGACCAUUCUGUGCCAAUAAA